AUGGAGCCAAUAGUAAUUUCUAGUAUGAUGUCGGAAAUACAAUCGAUACCUGAUGAAGAAGAAAUAAUACCAGUAACAAUAACACCUGAAAAACCCAAAGAGAAAAUCACAGAAAACAAGGUAGAGAAAACCCCUGAUAAACCUGUGAAUUUAAAUGUUGAAGUUAUCACACCAUCUCCCUCUAAAAUAGAUCCGAUCAAUAUUAAAAUUGAAAAGUGGAAUGAUGAAUGGAAACAAAUAACUGAGAGUCAUAGAAUUUCUUGUAAUAAUUUAUUUGAGGAAGUAUUUAAUGAACUGAAAAAGGAGUGGGCGUUAAAGGAGGAGAACAAAAGUCGAUUCAAACAGGGAUUGGAAUUAGCUGGAAAAUUAAUGAGUAAUAAUUCACAGAAAGCCAGAUUAUUCUAUCUGACUCUUUCGUACUACAUAUUAUUCGAGAAGAAGGAUAUUCAAUUAAUUGGAUAUUUAUAUGAUUCAUUAACGGGAAACAUGGAAUCAAAUCCUUUGUCCGUUUCCGUAGAUUUUUCGAGCAUUGAAUUUGAGAUUGUUUGUAAGGAAUUUGCUGAUAGGAAAGACAUUCUUACUCUCCUCAAAAAGUAUCAUUCAUUAACAUUAAUUGCAAAAGCCAAACGAACAACCACUGACGAUCAAACCAAUUCAAGACUCAGUCAAUUAACAAAAAUAUUUAAUCACCAAUACAGUGAAAUAAUGAAACAUCAAGCAAAGGAAAAGAAAUAA